AAAACAAUCUAAAAAAAUAUUCACUUAGAUUUAUUUUCUUUAUUUUAUUCAUUCAUUAUGUGUCCCUAGUCUUUAUCUUAUAAUUUUGCAUUGCUUGCCCUGUAAUUCAAGAUCAACUUGGAAAAUUUGCAAGAUUUGGGAUGAAAUCUGGUCGGAUCUUGCUUUGUGGGUUGGGGAUUUUGGUGGGUCUUAUUUCAAUACUUAGCCCUUCUUCCAUUCUCAUCUUUCUCCCAUAAAGGAAAAAACUCAUAAACAAAAAGUCAGAGGAGUAACAAAGCAAAGAGAAAAAAGGGAAGAGAAAGAAGGAACACCAUAUUACAAUCUACACACACCCUCUUUCCAUUUCAUUGCCUCUUCACUUCAUCUUCAAUAGUUCAAUCCAUUCACCUUCUAAAGGGUCUAUUUUGCAUCCUGAGCUAGAGGAAAUGGGGAUGGCUGCUGCAGAGUCACAGUACCAUGUUCUGGCUGUUGAUGACAGCAUCAUAGAUAGAAAGCUCAUUGAGAGGCUUCUUAAAACCUCUUCCUAUCAAGUUACUACAGUUGAUUCUGGUAGCAAGGCUUUGGAGUUUCUGGGUUUGCAUGAAAAUGAAGAAAGUAACCCAAAUACACCAUCUAUUUCACCUAACAACCAUCAGGAAGUGGAGGUGAAUCUUGUUAUAACAGACUACUGUAUGCCUGGAAUGACAGGCUAUGAUUUGCUUAAAAAAAUCAAGGAAUCUUCAUCUUUGAGAAACAUACCAGUGGUGAUUAUGUCAUCUGAGAAUGUGCCUUCAAGGAUUAACAGAUGCUUGGAGGAAGGAGCAGAGGAAUUUUUCUUGAAGCCUGUGAGGCAAUCAGAUUUGGUUAGACUCAAAUCCCACAUCAAGAAGACCAAUUUGAAAAAAAUUCAAAAUCAAGAUGUAGCAGAUAAGCUUGAAAUUCCAGAAGUUCAACAGCAUCAUCAUCAUCUUCCACAGCAAAUCCAAAAUGAUCAGCAACAAGCACCAAAGUUCCAAUAUCUGCAGCCAGAGUCAGAGGUAGAUCAACAGCAACAAGCACUACAACAAGCCAACAAUAACAAGAGGAAGACCAUGGAACAAGCCAACAGUACACCUGAGACUGACAGAACAAGACCAAGAUACAGUGGCAUAGCUACUGUGGUAUGAUGAUAAAUCAUUGCAAAAUAAAAUUUCUUGAAUUUCAAAAUGUAAUUCUGAGUUAACUUUUUUUCUUUUUUAAUUUUUUAAGUAAAUUAACUUCAGCAGUGGUUGAUAUAGGCUCUAUAGUGUAAUAGAGAGUUGUUUCCUGUACACAUUUUGUGGAAAUAUUUCCUUCCAAUUUUGCUUUUCCAAACAGAUAUGAAAAAGAAAAAAAAUUGAAUGAGUAAGAA